GUCCAUUGCUUCAAUAAACUCUAUUUUUAUUCAAACUUUACUAUAUACUAGUGGACUCUAGGCAUGCUUUGCUCGAGAUCAUUGCAUUUGCUUCGCCCCACAAGCAACUUUAAUCUCUCUGUGUCUGUGUUUUCUUCCUACAACUCCAGCUCCAAGGUUUUGUGAUUCAUUCUUAAAAUAUCUACUGCGUAGCAUAUUGUUGAAAUGGUGCGAUCUUCAUUGGAUGAGAUAUCAGACACGGGCGCAUUUGUGAGAUCUGCUUCCUCAUUCCGACAAUUUGUUUCAAGGGACCCAAAUUCCCAAUUUCCAGCAGAGUCGGGAAGAUAUCAUCUCUAUAUAUCAUAUGCUUGUCCUUGGGCUUGCAGGUGCCUUGCUUACUUGUAUAUCAAAGGACUUGACAAAGCCAUCAGUGUCACGUCAGUCAAGCCCAUUUGGGGAAGUAUUACAGAAUCUGGUGAAUUUAUGGGAUGGGUUUUUCCUGAUACAAAAACUGAGGUUCUAGGAGCUGAACCUGAUCCAUUGAAUGGAGCAAAGUCCAUUAGGGAAAUUUAUGAAAUUGCAAGUACAAACUAUGCUGGAAAGUACACUGUUCCUAUUCUGUGGGAUAAGAAACUCAAGACAAUUGUUAACAACGAGAGCUCAGAGAUAAUUCGCAUGUUUAACACUGAAUUCAACAACAUCGCAGAAAAUCCCACCUUGGACUUAUAUCCUGCUGAUUUGAGAGCCCAAAUUGAUGAGACUAAUGAGUGGAUAUAUGAUUCGAUAAAUAACGGUGUUUAUAAAUGUGGGUUUGCAAAGAAGCAAGAACCAUACAACGAUGCUGCAAGACGAUUGUAUGAAGCUUUGGACAAAUGUGAAACUAUACUAAGCAAGCAACGCUAUUUAUGUGGCAACACACUUACUGAAGCAGACAUUCGUUUGUUUGUCACUCUCAUCAGAUUUGAUGAGGUAUAUGCAGUUCACUUUAAGUGCAACAAGAAGCUACUGCGGGAAUACCCAAAUCUCUUCAACUAUGUUAAAGACAUUUUCCAAAUUCCUGGCGUUAGUAACACAGUGAACAUGGAACAUAUAAAGUUGCAUUACUAUGGUAGCCAUCCUUCUAUCAAUCCAUUUGCAAUUGUUCCUGCAGGGCCAAAUAUUGAUUACUCCGCUCCUCAUGACAGAGAAAGGUUUUCUGCUUAGGUAGUUUAUCUGUGAAAUUGUAAGAGAUGAGAAAUUUUCUUCAUCUUUUAAGGAUUGUUUUGCUAAAUAUUGCAGAAAACAGCCAUGCUUUGAUGAAUGUAACAUUUUCAUAAUAAAGUGAGACAAAUGGGUGUGUUUGAAGUAAAAACUUCAAUGUUAGAAUUCUCUCUGCAAUUGAGCUUCUAUUGAAUGAUUGUUUUGCUUGUUUA